AUGGAUUACGUUUUUAAAGACUGUACGCUUUACGAAGCUAUUAGUGUGCUAGAAGACGAGGAAGCGGAACCGGCGUUGAUUUAUAUUGAACCACCUGAUCCUGCUGCCUUAACAGAUGAGGAUUCAGCGGACGAAGACGAGGGGGCCCUAGCUAAUAAUUUAUCUGGACGCCAAUUGAAUGCAAGAUGUGAGGUAAGAUUAGCACCACGAAGAAGUCCUAGUCCUCUUGUGGAUUUUAGUAAAGAUAAGGAGAGUCCUGUAGCCUCCACUAGUAGAUCUUUAACUACACGUGGUCGUGGUGAUCAUGGGCGACGUCACUCACGUGGCAGAGGGCGCAGUCGCAUGCUACGAGGGAAAAGUACACGCUAUCAAGGUAAAACCACUAACACCCGUGACAGCUCUUCAAGUUCAGUGAGUGACGCAUUAUCUGAUGAUAACAGCGUGCCAGUUACUAGAACAUCAGAGACCGAAAAUCUGGGUACAAGAAGAUCUGAAGGACAAUAUGAUCCUAGAAUUACAGUUGAUGAAUUGGUGGCAUUUAUAGCAAUAUUAAUAAAUUCCGGAUAUAACACUGUUCCAUCAAAAACUCACUACUGGGACCAACAUGAUGACAUGAGAAAUAACUUGGUAUACAACUGCAUGAGACAACAACGUAACGGGACAGGUUCAAAACUAUAA